GAGGCCCCGUUGUGUCUUUCAGAAUGUUGGCCUCCAGAGUGCUGAGCCUGAUGGGCAAGCGGGCCCGCACCCUCUCCACCUCGGUGUGUGUGCGUGCGCACGGGAGUGUUGUGAAGAGCGAGGACUACGCGCUCCCCAGCUACGUGGAUCGGCGCGACUACCCCCUGCCCGACGUGUCCCAUGUCAAGAACCUGUCUGCCAGCCAGAAGGCCUUGAAAGAGAAGGAGAAGGCUGCCUGGAGCUCCCUCUCCCUGGACGAGAAGGUUGAAUUGUAUCGCAUUAAGUUCAACGAGAGCUUUGCUGAGAUGAACAGGGGCACCAACGAGUGGAAGACGGUGGUGGGUGCCGCCAUGUUCUUCAUCGGCUUCACCGCCCUCAUCCUCAUCUGGGAGAAGCGCUUCGUGUACGGCCCGGUCCCGCACACCUUCGACGAGGACUGGGUGGCCAUGCAGACCAAGAGGAUGCUGGACAUGAAGGUCAGCCCGGUCCAGGGUUUCUCUGCCAAGUGGGACUACGACAAGAACGAGUGGAAGAAGUGAGGCCUCUGCUCACACCUGGGCCCCGGCCUCUCCGCCCCCGCGCAGCUCGGCCUAGCACUGGAAACCGUCACGGCACCGCGCUGAUAAAUAAACAGUUUAUGUGACA